AUGGGAGCGGGGGUGACUGGUACCAGCGCCCUUGCAGUUGCAGCUGCGGUAGUUCCUGGUCCCCUUGCGCCCGCCACCGCAGUGCCAGCGCUUGCUCCCUGCCCCCUCGCACCAGAUAACGCCCUGCGAGAUGCACCCGCGCUUGCUCCCUGCCCCUUAGAACCUGCAGAAGGCGGUGACCCAGGAGCUGCACCCGUGCUCCAUCCUGCGCCUGCUCCCUGCCCCCUUGCACCAGGGAUCGCCGUUGGAGCUGCACCCGCGCUUUCUCCCUGCCCCCUCGCACCAGAUAACGCCCUGCGAGAUGCACCCGCGCUUGCUCCCUGCCCCUUAGAACCUGCAGAAGGCGGUGACCCGGGAGCUGCACCCGUGCUCCAUCCUGCGCCUUCUCCCUGCCCCCUCGCACCUGAUACCAGCCUCGGUGCUGCACCCGCGCUUGCUCCCUGCCCCUUAGAACCUGCAGAAGGCGGUGACCUUGGAGCUGCACCCGCGCGCCUUUCUGUGCUUGCUCCCUGCCCCUUCGCGCCUGCCACCGCACUUGGAGCUGCCCCCGCGGCUCCUGCGUUUUUGGGCUGGCCCCACGCACCUGAUGAAGAGGGAGAGGGAAGCGGGGCGUCGACACUUGCUGGCGUGCGCCAUUAUCAGGGCGUGGUUUGCCGUUCUGCACCGCCUUCUUCCCCCCCGAGGGCCUUCGGACAGCACAAGGGGACGGCCAAUCCGUGCCGCCUCAAGUAUGCCGCCGGUCGCGCUGGUCGCUCAGAAAUUCUUGAGCAGUACGUGUUUAUGACGGCUACACCACAGCCGCUGCCACUUGAUCAUGAUCAGCAGUCCCCUGACACCACGUACCGCCCCUUUGAUGCGACGCCUAAUGACGCUAGCGCCGCCGACAGCCCUCAUGACACGAGCGCGGCCGACGGCACUCAUGACACGAGCGCGGCCGACGACACUCAUGACACGAGCGCGGCCGACGACACUCAUGACACGAGCUCCUCUGACAUGGCUGUGUGCGGUUCAAGUGGAGACCCUCUGCCACCAGAGAAUACGGGGGAGUCCUGUCCCCCUCCGAUCUCCGCUCUGGCUGACAUGUUUGGACACCCGGACAACGCCAAAGGAUUUGUUCUGAAACCCCACGUGGACAUCGACCCAGCCACUCGCAAGAGGUGCUACUCAACACCAGAGUCCGACACCUGGUGGCAUGAAGCCUAG